CACAAACGUCGUUUUUCACCUGUCAUUAUCGAUUUAACUCCAAUUUUUAAGGCCAACACCACGCGUCCUCGCUCUUCGUUGCGGAAAGACAAGAACGGGGAAGGCGGCUCCGCCUCAAUUACCAGCCCCGCGCACGACGAAGGCCGCUCUCGGGGGUCGUGCAUCUCACUCGAACGUCGCGCGUCUCAUGCCCCAUGGCCUCCGUCGCAGCCCCCGACAAGCGGCGCAAGAAGCCGCGCCCUCCGCCGCCUCUGCUGCCACUGGAGUCACGCACCAGCGAUUUCCCCACGGGCUCAUCCGAGUCCUCGGUGGUUCCAGAACUGCCCGCGACCUUCGACAUGUCGGCCAAUAGUAACGCUAGUACAGCCAGCGAGAUGACUAGCACCAGUAGCACUAGCGCCAGCAGCUCCAGUCGAGGCAUCAAGUGGUGGAAACGCGUGACAGGCAUGAGACCAAAGAGACGACGCACAGCCAGUCGAGAGGACCGACGCAGCCUCGACCAGGAGUUGUAUGUGAGGAGCAUUCUCGAGUCCUAUGCGUCGUCUAUGAGCUCUAAAGACAGAUAUUCGACCAGUAAUCCACAGUUCUCAGUAGACGAGAACAGCAGCAACAGCAGCAAGAAGAGCAGUGAACGAGUGUCCAGGAGACGAAGAGAAGAAAGAGACAAGACAGAUACACAGGACGUUACUACUAUUACUACUACAACUACAGCUACAGAUUCAGACAGGAGAGAGGACAGGGACUCCGAUUCACCUGCCUACAUGGCGCACUUUACGCCCAAUGGAGACACAGCACAGGACGAACACCGCGUGGAUAUGGACAAUCACUCUCAACCACAUCUUACAGCAGGAGUGCCGGGACUUAGCAGUGGCUCAAGCCCUGGGCCUUACGAUGACGUGUUGGACGACGGACCGUUCGCCCCCAGUUCAGUUAGUGACGAUGAAGACAGGAACAGGAGGAGACUGCGACGACGCAUGAAGAUUGAGGCCAUGCGUGCCAGGUUAUUGGAGAAAAACCAGCAUCGAGCGAGAGCCCGCAAGAAAAUGUGCAUCUUCAUUGCGUGUAUUGGCGUCACGUUGACAGCGUUCGUGGUGGCCGCAGUAUUAAUUGCCAGAGUGGGCGUGGAGAUUCAGAGCAACUCGCUGGAAAGCAGUACCAACACAACAACGACCAAUAGCAGCAGCAGCGAUAAUGACAGUGGCAGUGGCAGCGUCUUUGUGGUUUCUUCGGGUAGUAUCGCGUCGGAGGCAGAUUUUAGCCUGACAAAUUCUGGCGCAUCAGCGCUCGAUGGAUCGUCAUCGUCUUCAGCGGAUUCUGACGAUGAUUUGGCGUGGUCGGACUCGGACGAUGACUACUCGAGCAUUUAUUCCAACACGUACACGUAUAUCCACUGCAUCCUGAUGGUUCUGUCGCUGUGGAUGUCACUGGUCGUUGUGAUCAUGCACGUGACGUUCCGCAGUUUCCGCACAUAUUCCCACCCUUUCGUAUUGGAGCUGAGCUGUGUGCAAUGUGGCUAUUGGAUUACGUCUCUGCUGCGUGUGAUGCUGGAGACGUCAACGCUGUCGGACAUGACGUAUCUUUUCUUCUGCAUGUUCGAGUGUUUCUUCAACUUCGCGCAGAUCUCGUUCACCUGUGCCAUCGCCUUUAACAUGUAUCGAUCGGUGGUGUCGUACGCAGAUGUGUUGAUGGACUCUCAGAGCGCCAAGCGCCGAUAUCGCCGGUACACAAUGAAUGUGUUGCUGCUCUCGGUCGUGGCCGCAGUGACAUUGGCAUUGGUUGGCUACCGGUCUGGAGAUACGUAUGAUUACUACGACGAGGACGAAUCCGAGUCAGGCUCAUCGUCGGCAACAGAAGAGGAGAUUCUGGACGAGGAGACCUUUUCACCUUGUCUGUACCCGACGUGUCGUCUCAUCUUGUACGUAUACUACCCGUUGUUGGCGUUUGCCUUCAAUUUCAUCUUCUACGUGCGCUUCAAACGCACCAUUGGCGAGUCGUAUCCGACUUCAGCUACGGGACGACUGAACAAAGUGGCGCGAUCGUAUCUGAUCGUCUUCUUUGUAUGCUGGGGCAGCCUCAUUAUCCUCACAGCGCUCAAAGUGGCGGACUCAUCGAAUGUUCCAACCAUCGCGUCGUUUGUGAUGCAGUCCAUUUUUGACAUUUUGGGUGUGUGUACUGCUGCAAUCACCUUCACGAACUUCCAUCGGUGCAGGAAGGCGUUCGACUUUGGCUUGUCACUUAAAGCCAUUGACCCCAACAGUAUCGAGUUCGAUGAUCCUGUUAAUAUCGUUGGUGAAGGAACGUUCGCUAUCGUGCUCAAGGCGAGAUGGCGACAAGGAGGAUACAUAGACGGAUCUGUAUCGCGAUCCAUUGAGGUGGCUGUGAAGACGUUUAAACACGCGCAGAUGGAGUGCUUGGAACAUGUCAAGGAAGAAGCCUAUUUGUCGUCAAAGCUGGUUCAUCCGUGCGUCAUGAUGACGUAUGGUUGCUACACCAGCGGUAUCAAUCUCUACAUCGUGUAUGAAUAUCUGGGCGGUGGGACGCUACAAGAUCUGAUCGAUGCCAACCGAACCACACCCUUCACGUACGAGCGAGGGCUGCGUUAUGCUCAUAUGAUCGCAGUGGGAAUGCGCUUCUUGCACGGUCUACCUGUACCCAUUGUGCAUCGGGAUCUCAAGCCACUGAAUUGUAUUUUUGACUCGGAGCAGGAGAUGCUCAAAGUUGCCGACUUCGGUGAGUCUCGACUGCUACGCACUCGCGACGUGGUAGCUCCACGGCCGAAUUUCUUCCCGUCAGCUGAUGUCACUGUGCAGAUGACAACCAACAUUGGUAGUGCGUGUUGGGCAGCACCCGAGGUGUUGAAGGACGAGGCCACGUCCGAGUAUUCGGUGAAGAUCGAUGUGUACAGCUUCGGCGUCAUUUGCUGGCAGCUGUACACAUGUGCUGUGCCGUAUGCAGAUAUCCCUGGAAGUGUGUUGGCAGUGGCUGAGGCAGUGCUGAGUGGUGUACGCCCGCCGAUCCCUCGGAACUGUCCGCGACUGUUUACAAAAAUUAUGAAGCGCUGCUGGCACGACAAUCCGCUGCGACGUCCUAGUUUCGAAGAUAUUGUGCAGUUGUUGGAGAUUGAGCUUACUGAAGUGCGACGACGACAAUUGGCACGGGCUCAUGGCAGGGGGAAUGACUCGGUUAUCGCUCCACCCACGCUUGAUAGCAGCAACUUCGACGAUACUGGACGUGCACAGGGAAUGGAGGGUAGUUAUAAAUGAGCGUGUGAAUUCGAGGUGAGCUCGCCUCUCAUAGUUUUAGGAAUGUCAGUAUGUGAAUAAUGUUAUCUUGAAGUCGCUUCAACUAAAAAUUAUUGUUUCGUUUAGAUAAAAAGACCCAAA